AUGCUCACCUCGGUGAAACCGGACUGCGCCACCGAACAGGACUUUGAGGGCAUGCGGAUCGAGCGCUUCGACCCUGCUGGCCUUGCUUCUCUGCCUGCCACUGUGUGGGAUCCCACUAGCUUCAUCCAAUCAUCCGAGGACCCCACCCCCCAACCCCUGCUGCCUGAUGUUCUGACGACCACCUCAGUUUCUGCCUUCUUAGACCCACUGCAGGCAGGAGAAGAGACGUUUUCUAGCAUCUCCUGA